CUGGUAUUUCCGGUGACGUCACGGCGCAGUGCCGGGUUCACGGGGACUACCGACCAUUUGUCCACUUCCAUGUUGUAAAAAAAAAAAAAAGAGAUUUUCCUUCCCUUUCUGACGCCUUCCAGCUCCGGAAAAUUCCAGGAUCGGUCCCGGAUUGCGUCUCCUAGCUCCCGAUCGUGUGGUCCAGGCGACUGGGACGGAAAAAGGGUAUUGUCUAAGGAGUACAGAGAAACACCACAAGGAGCUGAACAGCAAAACCUUCGCUGCUGCAAUCUUCACAUGCUGCCCAUUUGACAACCCUGCCAGUAACGGCGUGAACACCUCGCUGAAGUUGGUUGUGUCUGUCUGCUGAGUUGGUGUUGGUUCUGCCCACCUGUCACAGCCAAACAUUCGCCUGGUUCUUUCCACACACAGUCUUUGGUCGUAAUGUGGACGCAGUAAAGCCAGGGAUUGGAGUACAGCAGCCAUGGAUGCCUUGACAGUGGUGACCCCCCGAGCAUGCUCCACUCAUCACUAGUGCUUACCGACUGGGUUGCCUUACAUGUACAUCUCCACAUCAUGCUGCGCUGCGCAAUCUGCCUCUGAACCCGCUCAUAGUUAGGAAACACACACAGAGUUGCCCUUGACCACAAGUCACAAUGGAGAAAGCCGAGUCACCUUCUCUGUCUGUGAGUGUGACCUCCGACCCAGAGGUCGCGGUGGACCAGACCAUUAUCCCCGGGGAGGGGGAGACAGCUGAGACUCCGAGUGACCAACCCAGCUCCAGACAAGGUUCCCUGUCCCGAGAGAGCAGCCAAGAGGGUGCUACCACGCCAAAGGAUGGAUCACAAAUCCAAGUGCUAGUGGAGGAGCACCACGAUGGGGACGAUGAGUGGGAGGAGCCGGGAGGGCGUCGCUACGAGAAGCCGUCGUCGGGCAGGGCCGAUCACCGUGGCGACGGCGUUGCUAGGAUGUCGUCCUCGGAGAGAGGGAGGGGGAAGGGCAAGGCUCACCCAAAGAUCAAGCUGUUGGUGAGAAGUCGGGCCGUCCACGAUGACACCUCACCCCCCGCGACCCCUGACCCUCCCACAGUUGAACAGAAACAGUCGCCUACCAAGGAGCUGAAGUCCCAGGAGAGUGGAGACAGUGCCUGUAGCGGGCUCACCACGCCCAGAAGUACAGCCAGCCUUUCAAGAGAUUCCAGUCAAGAUAAGGAGUACACAGAUUUUACAGGCGUGGACCUGCAGCAGUUUAUUGUAGAUACUCUCAAAAAUAACCCUAGAGAUAGAAUGAUGCUUUUGAAGCUAGAGAAAGACUGUAUAGAAUUAAUAAACGAGGAGAAGACACACCAGAAAACAUUUCCACCAAUGACGUCGUACCAUAGAAUGUUAGUGCACAGAGUCGCUGCUUAUUUUGGCAUGGACCACAACGUGGACUCGACGGGGAAGGCUGUUAUCAUUAACAAGACGUGUAAUACUAGAAUACCAGACCUGAAAUUUAGUGAACACAUAAAGGACAACAGUAGAGGAGAAGAGCCACAGAGAAGACAGAUUCUACAGAGGGACAGAGAGAGCAGCUCAGAAAAGGAGGAGAUUUCGAAAGACAGAAUACCGGCCCUGCGGGAAGACAAGAAGAGCAAGUCAAUAGAGGAAAGAGAGGAGGAGUAUGAAAAGGCUCGUGCAAGGAUUUUCAACCAAGAUUCAACAUCUUCUGUAGACACAGACUCAGGCUUCAGCCGGUCGAGCCGACAGAGCAGUCAGGAGGACACGCCUCGUUGGCAUGACUACGGACGGCCCUGGAGCAGCACCGACUCCGACACCAGCACCAACCGCAUCCAGAGGCCAACCGUCACGAAAGCCAGCAGCUUCGGGGGAACCCCCAUGUUAGCACGGGGAGACAGUGGGGACAGGAGCGGCAGAGGCAGCGGGAAGCUGUCCAAACAAGGGUCGGAUGCCAGUGGCUCUAUAGCGAGGAGUCAGACGUUGGGCAAGUCACCUGGUCAGGUAAGUUAUCCCACGUCUGUUAGCACAACACAAGUCACCUGGUCAGGAGGGAGUGAAGCGAGUUCUGUCCCCAGUUUCUCUGGAACAGGAACGGGUACGGGAGUACUGUGGGCCGUGUCAGACAUCUCACAGAUCCCGCCGGGUAGUGUGCUCAUCAACCCACAGACUGGUCAGCCCUUCGUGAAUGCGGACGGGUCUCCCGUGAUAUUCCAGCCGCAGAUGGUUGCCCAGCAACAGCCAAUGAGAGGCCAGCAGCAGCCGCAGGCUCAGGCGCAGCAGCAGAUGUCGACGCAGCCCUCACCGCAGCAGCCGAUCAUCUACACGUCGUAUGUGCCGCAGCAACAACAGAUGGUGCAGGGGCAGGGGCAGUACGUGGUGGGGGAGGAGUCCCAAGGUCAGUUGGGAGACAUGACCCCACAGUUCCAGCAGCUGAACAUCAGCAGGCAGUCUUCGGGGGACAGCGCAGUCGAGCUGUCAUCGCCACAGCAGGGACAGCAUCCCAUGUACGCUGCCCAGGGCCAGUUCCUGACAUCCCCGGUGCAGCCGCCGGCCCCCUACCAGCACAGUCAGGCACAGCAGGUCAUGGGUCAACAGCCGUUUGUACAGGGGGGCAUGCAACAGCCCACUGGAGACGGUGGCUACAUAGUGUACUGCCCAGUGCAGGUGGGGUACCCUGCCCCCCAGCCCGCUUACAUGGGCUCAGACCCACAGUUUGGGGACCAACAGCAAUACAUAGGGUCCGAACCAGGCCCCAAUCAGGUUCCUGUGUACUUUCUGCCCCCAAACCAGCUUCCGCAGGGUUUCCGAGCCGUGGUCCCCAUGUACGUGGCACCGGCACAGCAGCAGCAGCAGCAACAGGCGUCUGGACAGCAGGUCCCACUUCCAUCGGGGCAGUACAGUCAGCAGCAGCACACCCUUCUGUCCCCACAGCAGGUCCCCCAGUACCCGUCCUACCAGAUCCCCACCAUACAGACCCCCCAGGGGGUGACUGCCCCGGGGCAGGGGUUCCAGCCCGUGGGGGUGGGGCAGGGGCAGCAAGGCAUGCAGCAACAGGUUCCAAUGCAGUCGUACUACAUGGUUCCCUGCUCAGGCACGGCUCCAGCUGUGGUGGCGUACCCCUCCCCCUCCGACCAGUCACAGAUGGGACGGCCCCCCUCACCCUCACAGGGACAGCAGGUGAUGUCGGGUCAGUACGUGACAUUUGCGUACUCGCAGCAGCGCGCGCCGUCUCCCCAGAUGCACCAAUCACAGGCCUACAACGUGCAAUCUCCGCCCACCUCCCCGCAAACCUUCUCCUCGGGAAGCUACGCCAGCAGAUCCACCCAGCAGAGGCCCGCGCCAACUGUACAGAUAUCAGGGACGUCCUCACCACCCCCACAGCACCACAGUGGGAGGAUGUCCAGCAGAGCGUCACAGCCGUUCUCACAACAACAGCAGCAGCGUAAGUCGUACGAUGGGAGAAUGCCCAAGUCCGAUCUCUACCAACAGAACCACCAGGGAGGUUCUCCCCGCCCCUCCCCCUCCCAGUCACCACAGGCAGCACAUGCCAGCCCUGUUAGAACUGGGAUUAUAAUACCUCCUGCACAGUUCGGCAGACCUCUUAUACAGGGCCAAUCAUUCCCCGCACCUGUGCUUGCCCAGCCCCUCCAGUUCGCCCCCCAAGUCCGCCCCAAAGUGGUAUAUCCCCAGCAGCAGCAGCAGUCUUCACAGCAGGGUGGGGCUCAACCAUCGCAGCAGCAGGGGGGGAAGGGUUCCAAACAGCAGCAGAGAAAAGGCCCCAAGAAGGCCCGCUCUGCAGAAGUGCCCACGGAGUCAGAACAAGGUCCCCGAAGGCCCCAGAGGUUCAGUCGUGAAUACGAAGACUAUUAUGACAAGAAGAAAAUCCCAAAGGUGCUGAGCCAUGUGUUGGAAGUGUUCGACCUGCCGGAGGGUCUGAAGAGACACGAAACGGAGUCACUCUUCAAGGACCUCACCAAGGUCGGCGGCAAGAUUCGCUGGCUCCAGGAGUCACGCCAGGGGGGAGGGGGUCGGCGCGGCGGCGAGGGGGGCGGGAAAAGCUCGGACUUGGUGUCAGACUAUAUUGUUCUCGCCGUCUUCACGACCAAAUCGGCCGCGCAGAACACUCUAAAGACCGUCAGUAGCGAACACUUCAAGUUGAGACCACCGCAGAAACAGUACGAUAUUCGACUCCUGGAACGCUCCAGUACCACAUAGAUAAUUAUGGUAUUUUUGUAGCCACACACGUACAUUGUGUAGUUCUAGCGUUCAGUCACGUGACUAACUAACUAGGUUGCCUCUCUAAAUGCGUGGGCAGAGCGUACUGCGCCUACGAAAAACCUGUAAGGUAACGUGUACAGCACUUCUACGUAUUGUAUAAGGUUGUGUCUUUAAGGGUAACUCUGUCUGUAGUCUUCAAAUGUUGUGUCGGAAAAGAUAUCCGAUGCAACGUUGCCCAAACACCUAUAACGAAAACCGUAAAAAAAAACAGGUUUCGCGUAGGCGCAGUACGUUCUGCCGACGUGCUCUCUCCUCUCUCUCUAUUGGUACUGUUACGGUAGUGUUGCCUUUAACUCUCUGAUGUUCUCUGAUGUCUGUUUGUCGGGUAAAAGACAAAGUUUCCAACGUCCCAUGCUCGGAGCCACCAGCCAUACGCCUCUCACCACGUAAACGUUGUCGGUAAUAUGAUAUGUGAACGUGCACUGUCGUCGUAGUCUAGGAGAUGAGCAAAAAAGA